CUCAACCUAAACAUGUUCACACUUGACAUUACAUUAUGUAAUUUAAAACACAGUAGUGGUUGUACAAAAUGAUCGGUACGGUAUAUUUAGCUGUUUGUCUUUAUAUUAUUGAUACAGCCUCAUGUAUCUACUACCAUGAGUCUUCGUUCGUUACUCUGACCGCUAAGGAACUUAAAACUGGAAGUGAUUUUGGCUUUUCGAUGGCUUACCAGCAAGGAGAGAAAGCUAAUAUAGUCAUUGGAGCGCCAAACAGCGAUCGGUAUGGAAAAGUUUAUAACUGCUCGCUCAAGGAUCCAUUUUCUUCUAAUGUAACAUAUUGCAAUGAAGUCAAUAUGAAUUUCAGAAAUUUAACACCAUAUACAGUCACAGAUAAUAAUCCAGAUCAAAAGUUUAUGCUGGGAGCUUCUGUAGCCGCUACUACGGAUUACUUCAUGGCGUGUGCGCCAUUAUGGACUGGAGUAUUACCGAAACUUAAAGAUGAAAACGUACUAGAUAAGUACGUAUACGGAACCUGCUUCAUAUACAACGGCACUAGUAACAGAUAUCGGGGGGAAUAUGAACAAGAAAAAACCGAACCACCGAAAAGGUCCGCACAGGCAUGCGCUGGCGGCACAGGUUGGAAGAUACUGAUCGAUGACGUGAACAAUCUUAUAUUGAUUUCAAAACCUUCGACGUCACCAUUCAAAGGCGCAUUCGUACGUCUAAAGCUAGAAAAUCCAUUUGGCGCAACAAUAACAUUUCCUAAUUACAAAAUCACGAAAUUAGCAAAAUUUAUUAAUCGUUUCCAACAUUUUGGGACUUCUUUGACCGCUGGCAACUUCUUCAAUAAAAGCGAACGAGUUUACGCAGUGAGCGCGAGGAAUGUAGACAUGUAUGGAGAGAUUAUAUUCCUAAGGUAUAACGUCACAAAUAACAAAUUUGAUACAGACUGUGUAAACAAGACUAUGUUCAAAAAGUAUAGAGAAAAGUGUAGUAUAAAGGAUACUACUGUCGGAUCAAUGUUUGGAGCUGCUCUCGGCGCUGGUGAUCUAAACAAUGAUGGCCUUACUGACUUGCUUGUUGGUGCACCGGCGCAAUCAGGAGACAGAACUGUCUCCGAUACGGGUGCUGUUCAUAUAUAUUUGGGUAAUGCAAAGAAAACUGUGGACUUGGACCGGCAGCGAACAAUCAUCAGCAAUAAUGAUGGAUCACGUUUUGGAACAACUAUUGCAACGAAUGACUUAGACGGUGAUGGGAUACCUGAAAUAUUUGUAAGCGCUCCUUAUGAAAAUUCCGGAAAUGGCGCAUUGUAUAUUAUAUCUGGUUAUGAGAUUUAUAAAGAUUUGAAAAAACAUGAAACGUUUAAGCAAAUUUUUUUGACCAAGUUGACUCUCACGCAGCGAAUACAAAAUGAGUUGUUUCGUUAUUUAGGCUUUAGUAUCCAAGUCUUGCCGGAUUUGGAUAAGAAUGGAUGUGAUGAAGUUGUUAUGGGUGCUCCCUUCAGUCAAAAUGCAAUUUUGCUCCGCUGUAUACCCCGAAUACAGGUCAAUAUUACUUCAGAACUUCAUGGAAUUAAGAAUGUAAGAGAACAAGAUAACAACUUCACAGUGACCGUCUGUGUAAACGUGUCGUACUUCUCAAAAAUGGACCACAUAAAUGCUCAACUUCUCGUGUCUAAUGAUAUCAGAGGAGUAGAAGCCUCCAUAGAGAAGAUACAUAGAAAAUAUACUAUUGAUUUAGAGGAGAAAAAACCACGAUAUUGUGAAAAUGUCACUGUUAAAUUGAAUAACAAUGAAAAGGGAGAUUAUAAAUUUUUCUCAAAGGUUUACAUGAAUAACACUAAUAUUACAAAUACAAAAGAGUUCAACAAGAGCUGGGUGACUAUACAUCCAGAUAGUACGCUGGAAGCGAAAGUAUUGGACAUUUUCCGUUUCUGUACUGGAGAUGAUUGUCUACCACAAUUGUCUAUGUCUAUUAUCUGGUCUGGAAGUAAUGAAACAUAUGUGGUGAGAUCGGCCGAAACCGAGUCUAUAACUGUACAAGUUCAUAAUAGCGGUAACAGUUCGUACAAAGGGUGUAUGUGGAUAUAUCUGCGAGGCGCGCAAGUGGCACAAAUUAACUGUACCAACCUCGCCGGUGGAUAUAUCUGCCAUUUACCGAACCCUCUGAAACGGAAUGUAAAUCAUGAAAUCUAUAUAACAUUAAACAUGAGGAUGCUAACGAAUUUGUAUGAACACAUAAACACCAGUGUGCGUUUGUACAGCGACUGUCCUAAACCAUUCCAAAUUGAUGACACUGAGUCGAGUUAUGAAACCUACAAUAAAUCUAUACCAUUAUCGUUCAAUAUGGAUGACAUUUUAUGUAAAGGAUCUAAACAGAAUAAUACGAUAACUGAUAAAGAAAUAUUAGAUAAACAGAGCGAAUCAUUUAGUGCAACACAGGAAUAUUUGAUAAUUAACUACGGUGUUUUAACUUGGAUGAAUAUCACAGCUGUUAUAACCGUGAAUCAAGAAGAUUAUAUAAAUAUAUCAGGAUUUAAGGCAUGGACGGAGUCAAGUAGUUGCGAUCGAGAUGACGUAGAUAAAGGUUUAGUCAAAUGCAGCUUCAAUUUGAUGCCAAAUUCAACUGUCACGCUGAGAACGACAAUUCCAAUUUUCAACAAUAAGCUAAUUCAAAAUCUUGGCGACAGUAAAUUAAUUAUAACUUCAAAUAUGUCACUAUUUUUACACCCAACUACUACAGUAAUGAAACAAAGAUCAACAACAACUAUUAUAUUCAGAAAGGAAUUAAGUCUGGCCCAGGACAAAACAGCUAUAAUAUGUGGUGCAGUGCUAUUGGCGCUGCUAGUAUUAUUAGUUAUAUCAUAUAUUUUAUAUAAGGUUGGUUUCUUCAAACGUAAACAAAAGGAGCAACUAAAGGAACAUAUACGAAGAAAGAGUAUUAAACAAUCAACAUCAAGUCCAUCUGAAUACGAGGCUGGGGAAUCUAUAGAUUUAGACAUAGAUCUGGAAGAUGAUGCAUUCACUUCAUCGAGUAAUCAUCUGAACACUUGUGAAGACAUUCCAUUACCAGAAUGCGAAGAAAGAGCACUAUAGAAUGCUACUGUGGUCUAGCGAUUUAGUAGUUGGUUAUUAUUAUACUAGUGCAAUUCAAACAUUUUUAUUAACAAGUAUGAUUGCAUUGUAUUUUUUUUUUAUAGAUGAUAAUGGAAUGGUUCAUCCGUCUGCGCUAACGGUUUACACUGGCGAGGCACCAGUGGAGGUUGAUAAGAUGAACAUGAGGUCAGGUCAGUUAGCCCAUCGUGACAAAUUCACCAAGAAUUUAUUACGAUAGUUCACAGGGAGAACCGCGUGGAGGUCGAUCUGACAUGGUACAUUUCUAGCAAUAGGAUCAUUAGUCCACAUUACUAACAAUCCCCUUUCCCCCCCGUGAUAGUCUGUUUUUUUUAAUGAUGAUAAUGGAAUGGUGCACCCGCCUGCGCUAACGAUUUACGCUGGCGGGGCACCAGUGGAGGAUGAAAAGAUGAACAUGAGGUCAGGUCAGUUAGCUCAUCAUGACAAAUUCACCAGGCAUUUAUCACGAUGGUUUCCAGGGGAAAACGCGUGGACGUGAUAGUGUGCUUUUUUAUGGAUGAUAAUGGAAUGGUGCACCCGCCUGUGCUAACGGUUUACGCUGGUGGGGCACCAGUGGAGGAUGAUAAGAUGAGCAUGAGGUCAGGUCAGUUAGCCCAUCGUGACAAAUUCACCAAGAAUUUAUCACGAUGGUUUACAGGGGGAACCACGUGGAGGUCAA